AUGUCACAAAUAGGGUCACAGUCGACUAAGAAGAAGGUAGCACACGCAGUGCCCAAGUUUUAUGGAUGUUAUUUGCUGCGAUCAAUACCCAAACCAAACUCAUUUUACAUAGGAUCAACACCUGAUCCAGUAAGAAGACUACGGCAGCAUAAUGGUGAACUAAAAGCAGGAGCGUACAAAACAAAGAGAAAGGGGUUCAGGCCCUGGGAAAUGAUUAUGAUAGUUCAUGGGUUCCCAAACAAAAUUGCAGCUUUACAAUUCGAGCAUGCAUGGCAACAUUCCUACCAAACACGUCAUAUUGAAAAAGUGCAAAGAAUCACAACAUCCAAGACUGCUGGUCGGUCUAUACAUCACAAAUUAGGAAAUGUUAGAUUGUUAUUAAAUUCACCAUUUUUCAACAAAAUGAACUUGAAAGUUCAAAUAUUCAACUCUGAAACUUAUAAGGUUUGGUAUACGAAUAAAUUUGGCAUUAAUUUGCUAAACCAACUCAUUCGUAUAGACUAUACAAAUACUCCAGAGACAAAUGAAAUUAUCAAUAUGCAAAACGUGAUGGAUUUCAAAAAGAAAUGUAUCGAACAUGAUACAAAGAUCUUGUCAAGAUUUCAAGAAGUUCUUCGCUACGGUGAGCAUAUAUGUCAUUUUUGCAAAGAUGUGAUUGAUUAUACAAAGACAAACUCAGAGUACCCACUUGUCUCAUUAUGUUACCAUGAUUCAUGUGACCACAUUUCACACCUUUCAUGUCUUUCCACUCAUUUCAGAACCAAUGAAAAAGAAGUGCAAAAUGUUGAUGCUGAUAAAGCAGCUAUGAAAAAACUUUCCCAAAGAACAAAAAUUACACAAAUUACACAAAUACCUGAAAGUUCAAUCAUACCUAAAAAGGGUUCAUGCCCAUCGUGUGAAAAAGUUCUAAUUUGGACAACCUUGGUUAGAUACUCCACUAUGGCUAGAUUAAAUAUCGGAUAUGAUGGUAAAGAACCAACUGUCGAAGAAGAGGAGGAUGAGUUGAAUGAGAUUGAAGCUACACAGGAUGUUGUAUAG